UUUUGUUUUAAUACUUUUUAAGUGGAAGUUAGAGUUUGGGAAGAAAUAACUAGAUAAAUGUUAAAGGAUAUAUUUAUGAGAAAAUGCAUCUUCGAAGAAACCAGUGUCCAGAACAGAUGAGCCAGUUGGAAUGGCCUGGUCACCGCUGAGCCAUGCCGCAGACCAUGUCAGUCAGCCACCGGCUCCAGAUCGGGCUGCUUCUCGUGGUUGUGGAGCUCGGGUGCCUCAAUCAGACUCAAGGUACUGCUCACUAUGGCGAGGACAGUGUCGGCUCAUUCCCGUACUUCGAGUAUAACGUGCCUCGAAACGUGACCACCGUGGUCGGUCAGACUGCGUUUCUGCAUUGCCGGGUUGAACAACUGGGAGACAAGGCGGUAUCAUGGAUAAGGAAGAGGGAUCUACACAUAUUGACUGCAGGAAUAUUAACAUAUACAUCGGAUCAAAGGUUUCAGGUCAUCAGACCAGACAAAUCAGAGAACUGGACGCUUCAGAUCAAGUUCCCGCAGGAGCGAGACGCGGGUAUCUAUGAGUGUCAAGUGAACACAGAGCCGAAGAUGUCUCUAGCCUUCCAGCUGAAUAUUGUUGAGGCCAAAGCACACAUCCCUGGACCAGUGGAUCUCUACGUGAAGACCGGCAGCUCCCUGUCUCUCACUUGCAUCCUCAGUCAGGGCCCACACGACCUAGGCACCAUAUUCUGGUAUAAGGGAUCAAAACUCAUAGAGUAUAAGGAACUAGAGGGGAAUGACAUAGAAGAGCCACGGGUGCGUCUCAAGACAGAGUGGACAGAGCAGUUGACGUCACGACUCAUCAUAGACCGACUGCUGCCGGGAGACAGCGGGAACUACAGCUGUGUGCCCACCAUGGCAGAAGCUACUUCGGUCAAUGUUCACGUCAUUAAUGGUGAACACCCCGCGGCCAUGCAACAUGGAAACGCGAACACCGCUUCGCCGUGUGCGCUGUCGGUUAAUCUUCUCAUCUCACUCUAUUGUACUAUUGCAACUCUAUACACAAGCACGGUCGACGGUUUUAGAUGAAAAAUAACCUGAGCUUACAAUGUAUGGAGCUAUAGUGAAAACCAUAGAUGUACAUUUAUAUAGAUACCGCAUUGAAAAUUGAUUUCAUUGGUUCAUUGAUUGCAUGAUUGCAACAUCCCCGAUUCGAUCCCCGGUUGGAAAAUAAUUUCUGAUUGGCCCGGGUCUUGGAUGUUACCAUAUUUGAGUUAGUAUCCCAUAACACAAGUCUCGAAAUUAUUUAUGAUUAUUUGAAUAAUAUAUAUAUAUAUAUAUAUAUAUAUAUAUAUAUAUAUAAUGAUGAUGUUUUUUUUUUGUCAUAUUCUAAUUAAUGAUUUCUAUUUUAUACAAAAGAUCGGAAUUUUUGUCUCAUAUUUCAUAUUUAGCAAUGACUAGAUGUUGCCCGCGGCUUCGCUGCCGUGGGCAUUUUGAGAUGAAAUAUUGCCUAUAGCAAUCUUGGAUAAUGUUGGGAUAAUAAAACUUUCUAAUGGUGAAAGAAUUUUUGAAAUCGGUUCGGUAGUUUCGGAGAUUACCCGCCUCAAACAUACAAACUCACAAAGUCACAAACUCACAAACGCUUACCUCUUUAUAAUAAUAGCAGUAUAGAUUUAUAAAUUAUUUUUCACAGAAUUUUGUUCUUUUUUAUAUAAAAUAAAUACUAAAUUACUAAAAAGAUAUAGUAUCUUCUCAGAUGUAUAUCUAUGGUUCAAACAGUAAAGUAGUAUUUGUGUUGAAAUUAAAUUAAGAUACUUAAAAUAUUUUAUGACAUUUGUAAGAAAAACUUGCCGAAAUAAUAGGAUAUAGGUAUAGUUUCAUUAACUUUUUCUAUGAGAAUAAAUAAAUAUAAUUCAUAUCAAAUACAAUUAUUUACAAAUGUAAUACAGAAUACUUAUAAUGUAAUAUGUAUGGUACAAUAAUUUAAAACACGUAAAAAUUUUAAUGACAUUAAUUUAAUACCAUGUUAAUAAACUCAAACACUGGCCACUAAUAAUUUGUCACAAAAAAAAAACUAACCAAUUAGUUCAAAAUUCAAAUUGUAGCAAAAUAAUGUACAUAUUACAAUUUGAAAUUCAGAAGCCGCGUUCCAAAUUCAAAUGUUGUUUUGUCUGACUCGCUUUUGUAAAUAAUAAUAAAGUGGAAACUGUACCUAUGUCAAAUGGCCUUCUUAUUUCGGCAAAGGGAUAAAUGUAAAUAAAUUUUAAUUAAAUUUUAGAUAGAUAUUCAAAUGAGCAAGAUGACAAAACGACGAAUAAUUUCACUUUGUAUUGUCUUCGUUAGCACGUGUAUAAACUUGUCUUGAAUUAAUUUUUCAUUUUAAAAUAAUAUUUAUGUUUUUUUAUUUGGAUAAAAUGAGUAUUUUAAGAAACGAAAUUAUAUCAAGGCCUAUUAAUAUUGACUUAGAAAAGUUAGUACUACAAAUUAGUACAAUUUUAUUAUGAAAAUUUCAAAAUUUUAUUAUGGCACAGAUAAUAAACUUAUCAUUAUUUACGCAGUGACAGUAACAGAUUUAGGAGUAGAGAGUGUUAAUUUAAAAAAAUAACACGUAAAGAUUUUAUAAAAGCAAUAUUAUAUGGUUUUUCUUUAACGUUUUAUAUUAAUCUAUGGCGCACGUUGCACAGAUAUUUUUUACGAAAAUUGUGAUUGUUUUAGGUUAGUUUAUAUUAAGAAACAGUUUAAUAAAAAGAAAAGUAUUUUGUGAACAAAUACAAUUAAAUUUAGUAUCUUUAUUCCAAACAAUCGAGACAAUACAUAAAGUAUUGUUAUCAGAGGCGUUAGUGUGGGUAGCCAUUCACAUUACAGUGUGAUUGUCGUUGCGUCACAAUGGCCCAAUAUCAUUGGUUCAUUGCGUCUCACUUCGAAUUCGAUGGUGAGAAGUGAAAAGCAAAUCCGCACUUCGCCCACAGGUCGGCUAACGACCAAUAGGCGACGGGUUCGAAUGUACAUCAAAGUUUAAAUCAUUGACAUAAAAUUAAGUCUUAUUUUGUGAAUUUACCGAAUGGACAAAUAGUUGGGAAGAUUUGAUAAUCAAUAAAUCUCGUAAUUAUUUAUAAAAAGGGAUAUAAUUAAAAUUUUAUUUUAAUUUUGAAAAUAAUGGUUUUUUAUUCUAUUUAAAUACCUAGUAAGUCACAAUAUUAUUUAAACGGGUUUUAAGCAAUUUAGCACGUAUUUUUGCAAAUUAAAAAAAGCUAACACGAUUAUUAUUUAAUUUUUAAAUAAAUAAAGAUAUUCGAAACGUAUUUUCUUUUUGUUAAAAAAAAAAAAACUGUAAAUCAUUUAAAAUUAUUCAAAGAUUUUUUUUUGUAGAAAUGUAGAAAGGACAUAUAAAUUAGAACGAUUGUAUGUAAAUGUAAAUAUGUUGUAAAUAAAUUUUAAAUCUAAUUUUCAAAAAUUUCAAAUUCAUUUCAGUUGAAGGAUUUGUUCUUAUGUUACGUUUAUAAAGCAAAUGAUUUUACAAAUUUACGGUAAUAGGCAAUAUAAAAAGAG